AUGGCUGCAAUAAUCUCAGAAAACUUAAAAUUUGUUGGGCUCUUCUUCAAGAGUAAGAAUGUCGUGAUCUUCAAUGGCCUGAUAGGUUUAGGGACAGUAGCCAGUCAGACAGCAUACAAUAUUUUUGCAUUUCACUGUCCGUGUUCACCAAAGAAGAAUUACCUGUAUGGCCUGGUAGCCAUUGGUGCACCAGCUCUGGCUUUCUUUGUCAUCGGGGUGAUGCUGAAUCGAAAUACUUGGGACUUUGUGUCAGAGUGCCGCACCAGAAAAUGUCGGAAAUUAUCAUUGUCUGCUGCUUUUGCUCUGUUGGGCUCCAUUUUGGGCAGAGCAGUUGUUGCCCCCAUCAAUUGGUCAGUUAUUUCCCUCCUGAGAGGGGAGGCGUAUGUCUGUGCUUUCAGUGAGUUUAUAGACCCCUCUUCUUUGGAUUAUUUUCCUUCUACUACAAAGACUCCAGAGAUAAUGGCCCGAUUUCCAUGUAAGGAUGUACCCGCUCCAUUUAUGAACUACUCAAGAGUGAUUGAACGCCAGCUAAAGUAUGAAUCCCAGUAUAUGGAGGGUCCAUUGCUUGACAGCCUGUACUGGACAAAGUGGUAUAAUGAUGAGCCUCUUCCGAAUGGAAAUCAAUCCUUCAUUUACUACGAGAACAUGUUGUUAGGAGUCCCUCGUAGGCUGGUACACAAAGUUGCUCAGCUUGAAAAUGCUGUGAUGACUAUAUCGUCCAAACUGGAUGUUAUCAUGGAGAAAAUGAGACUUAAGACAUUAAACACAGACAACAAAGACAUAGAGAGGUAG